AUGUCCGCUGCUCCUGCGGUGAACGGUUUUGCGAAUACUGCUUUUCUACCGCGCAAUCAAACCCAUAAACGCGGUGGUUCGAAGAAAACCGAGACAAAAUGGAAUAAGAUCAAGGGGGUAGUUUCUAACAUCGCGAGUUCGUUUUCUCCUGCCUCGCACUUCCAGAGAGAUGAGACCACUAAAUGGUUUGGCCUCCAUAUCUCGUCACCCCCUGGACGCAAGGAUCGUAUUGCGACGUUGGUUGAGACUACACGAUUCUCAAGCCUUUUGGAAGAGUCGCUUCAUUUUAACAAGCGCAGCCCUAAACGACAAUAUCCCAGUAUUUGCUCGUUUGUCGGAGAUACCGGCGCAGGAAAGUCGACUCUGAUCCGAAGUCUGAUCUUUGACUCCGAGCGGUCACUGGAUUUUGAUCCUCUUGACGCCCCAGUUCCUGGAGCUCAGACUGGAUCAUCUGCCAUUAGAUCGACCACCGGAGAGGUCAAUCUCUACCUAGACCCUUCAACCUUUGGCACAGUCUCGCCAAUGUUCUAUGCAGAUUGUGAAGGUCUUCUCGGGACUGAGCCUCUUGCAGCAGAGCAUCAGACUGAGUGGGCAAGGUACGGACAGCGUUACCUCAUUGAAUCCAAGGAUGGCAAGCCAGUGGAUCGACGAACGGCCGUCAAGACCAUCUAUCCUCGCUUUCUGUACAUCUUCAGCGAUGUCAUUUGUUAUGUCAACAGAAACCACAGAGCGUGGGCUGAAUCUGCCUUGCGGCUUUUGGACUGGAGCAAGGUUGGUGUGCAGAACACCAUCAAUCAGCAUGCACUACCUGCCCUGAUCAUCGUUCUCAACGGGCCUACUUUGGAGAAUGAGGCGUGGCUUGGGGAUGACCAUGAAGUUGUCACUGAUGCUUUCUUCCAAGCCAUUGAGAAGGAAAUAAGCGAGACAACUGAGUUUCGAGAACUUGCCCAAAAGCAUGGAGACAAGACAAUGAGGCAGCUGUUUGCAAGGAGUUUCUCUAGUGUCUACGUUCACUACAUCCCACUUGAAGGCUUUGGAGCUCUCGGGACUAGUCUAGAAAUCAUCAAUCAGACCAAUCGCUUGGCAAAGCGAGUCAGGAGAGACGCAGAGCGCGUCCAAGCCCAGAGAGCCGAAUCAUGGACCCGCUUCGACACGACGCAGAUGUCUCAGGUGGUGCAUUACGCCUUCGCCCAUCUCGCAUCUGGAAGCCCAGAGCCAUUUGAUUUCGGCCAGUGCCGACGACAGAUAUCGGUUCCGGAUACAACCGAGGGCAACUUCUCUGAUUUUCUUGGAUUAUCGCUGAAGAACGAGAUGGAGGCGCGGUUCGAUGACACGGCCGCUGUCAUCGCGACGAGCUUGUUGAGGAACUCCUUGAGCGCGAAUAAAGAUGAUAUCGUGCUCCUGCCCUCAGUCGUCUUUGACAAAGACACCCAAGCUAUCUGCACACGAGCCAUCAGCCAGUUCCUGGAUAGUAAAUUGCCAUGUGCAUACAUCGACCCCGACUCCGGCGAGAAAUGCGUAAACACAAAAUCGGGUCAUCGUAUAGGCCACCAGAGUGCGUCGGGCGAUCUUUUACGCGAUGGCAGCUUUGUAGUAGGCGACUUUAACUCUGCCAAGUUUCUGCUUGCGGUUCAGUCAGAACUUGAAGCCACCAUGCGAGAGAUCAACUCGAGCGGCCCCCCCAAUCAUUGCGACUGGCGACGCUUGGCAGCGGUUCAUCAUCGUCUGAACAUUGACGCCCUCAGACGGCGAGGUGGCUAUCCGGCACUUCAUGUCGAGGACCAAAAUACAUCAUUUUGUCUCGGUUGUCUGUUCGGAAGACCGGAAUAUCGUCUUCCCUGCGAACAUGUCAUCUGCGAAACAUGCGUGGAAGAUUUCGAUGACACAGCUGUUGAUAAUAAAUAUCCGGGGCGGGUUAUGCAUAAAUGCUGCAUAAUAUGCGAUAGUAGAUCAUCCGACAAGUGGCCAUUCGUCACUACCAUCAGACCGCCACUUUGCGGCCUUCGAGUUCUGUCGCUUGAUGGAGGAGGGGUCCGGGGCAUCGUUGAAUUAACUGUCCUGAACCGCUUGGAGAAGGAGAUCGGGCUUGGCAUUCCGAUUGGAAGUUUCUUCGAUCUUAUUGUUGGUACAAGUACAGGCGGCAUAAUCGCACUUGGUAUAGGUGUCCAACGAAGGAGUGCUACUGAGUGCAUAAGUUUGUUCCGAGACAUUUGCAGAGAAGGCUUUGAGGCCAAAUUACUCACCAAGUCUCGAUUCUUCGGUUGGGCCGCCCGAUGGUUCCGCAGUUCGAUAUACAAGACGGAUGUCCUAGAGACGGCCCUCCAGGAGGCAUUUGAAGACAAAGAACCAAAGUCCCUCUAUGCUUUGAACAGCUCAUGCCGAGUUGCCGUCACGACCACAGCUAAAGAAGACUGUCACCUGAUCGCGAAUUACAACACGGGUGGUAAAGAUCGGUACCUUGACUCCAAACUUCCGCUCUGGAAAGCUGCUCGAUGUACGUCAGCUGCUCCUAUGUACUUCGAACAUGUCUCCCACGCUGGGCAUGAAUGUCGCGACGGCGGCCUAAAAGAGAACAAUCCCAUCCAAGUAGCGCUCAACGAGUCACGAAAGAUAUGGGAAGAUCCCACUUACGACGUGAUCUUAUCUCUUGGAUCAGGACAGGCUAGGUAUCCAGCAACCGAGCCAGUUUCAACCGCCAUCAUACCAAAGUGGCUUGCUCAUCUCUUCUCAACCCUUGUCAGCACCAUGAACGGCGAGGACGCAUGGAACAGGUUUCGCUCCAGCCAGGAUGGGCGUAUACUAGAACGUGCUUCGCGAUUCAACUUGCGGUUCGACGGGAGCACUGAGCCGGCGCUUGACGAUGUAAAUGCUAUUACGAGCAUGGAAACGGCGGCGAAAAAGGCCAAAUUCUAUGAAAGACCUUCUAGAUCACCGUUCUCAGCAACUUCUGGCAUUAUUCAAGGGGACGCACUUGAUCGCAUGGCCGACAAACUACGAGCUAGCCUCUAUUUCUUUGACCUUGGGAGUGUCACUAAACACGGUCCCGUCACAGUAAUUCAUGGGUGGAUUUGCUGUCGCUUGAUGCCGAAUGACCAGGGUUUCAAAGAGCUUCUAUCUUGA